AUGAGUAAACUGAAAGGGAGUCGUUUGGAGGCGGAAAUCGAUCGAGUUAGAGCCGAUGCCAACUGGAAACGACUCGGCGAACUUCUGCCAUCAGUGAAAUCGAAAAAUUCAGGAUUAGAGGAUUGCUAUGAGAUGUUUCAGGCGGAAAUCGUUCUGGAAACGUAUUUGGAUCAGUUGGGAGAAAUAAUCCGUCCGUCGCGUGACCACGUCGACAAGUUGUCAUCAGCCGAACAAUUACUUCAGACGUCUCUAAAAGAGAAAUCGACGAAUCAAAAUGUGAAAAUUGAAGCAAAUAUUCUUCUAGCCAAAGUACUCUAUGCGUGUGUCGAGUUUCGAAAGGCUCUCCAAUGCAUCUCAAACAGCGAAAUGGAGAACGGAAAGACGCCGUUUCGAACACUUCGAGCACUUCGAUUGGUUGCCGAAGGUUAUGCGAUCAAAGGUCUUUGCAUCGAAUCAAUGGAAGAUCCACUACCAACCAGUGCUAAUCGUCCCCAUUCCAACAGUACGACGUCGACCACGUCAACCGCCUCGUCAAAAGACCAAAAAGCGCUAUACGUCUUCGAAAAAUCGGCGGAACUCGCGAUUUUUAUAUUAAUGAGCUCGAAAAAUCGAUAA